UUGUCAUGUUUAGCUUAAAACUCAACAUAGUUCAUUUAACCGAGUAAUUGUGAAAGUUAAAAUUUGUUUUAAAGACAAAGAAGUAAAACAUUUGACAAAGGUUAGAUAUUGGAAUCUUAUACUUAUCCUAUAACAGUUAAAAUCCAGAAGUUUAAGACAUCCAUAUAAAUAAUUAUCAAAAAUGGGAUAUAUAUGAUUAACGACGGAAUAAAUUAUUAAUUAAGUGACCGCAUUAACAUUAAUCUGAAUUAACAUUAAUAAAAUUAACAUUCAUCCGAAUAAACAUUUAUCAGAAUUACAGUUGUAGUAUUUUGGCGGGAAAAGAAAAAUGCGAUCAUUAAGAAGGAAAGUUAAAACAACAAUAAAGCGAACUCGGCACACAAUUUACCGAAUAUUUUUCUUGAUAUUCAUAGGGAUCUAUUGUUAUGUUUCAUCUGCAGUAUGUGAAAAGUUUUACGACGAAUCUGGGCCAACAAUAUUGGAUGCCGUGCAAAAAUAUGGGUACAUAUGGACAAUAUUAUUGUACUGUAUGACCAUCUCGAUCUAUCUAAAUGUACCAAUAGCCUUCUUUAACAUGUUUGGAAUAGUUCUGUACAACCCUUUCAAACAAGUGACAAGAAAACUUAGGAGUAGAAAUCUACAGCCAUUUAUUUGUUUUCGGGUAGUUACACGUGGACUUUUUCCAAAUCUUGUAGCAGAGGUUACACGGCGGAAUAUUAAGACAUGUAAACAUUUUGGAAUUACUAAUUUUAAGUUUGAAAUAGUAACCGAUGCAGCGUUGGGGAUUCAGCCGUCAAAUUACGUCAGAGAAGUGGUAGUACCACGUGAUUACCACACUACAAAUGGCACGCUCUUCAAAGCACGUGCUUUGCACUAUUGUCUUGGUCGAAACAUAAACAUUUUAUCACCAGAUGAUUGGAUCGUGCACCUGGAUGAAGAGACACUUCUUUCUGAAAGUGUCUUAUACGGAAUAAUUAAUUUCGUUUCUGAUCCAAACUCGGACAUAGGACAAGGGGUUAUUACUUAUGGUGAAAGCGGGAUAGAAAAUUGGCUAACGACCUUGCUUGAUGGAAUGCGAGUUGCUAUAGACUACGGAUUGUUUCGACUGGCCUUACAGUUUUUCCAUAGACCAUUGUUUGGAUUUAAAGGUUCUUUCAUUGUUGUAAAAAUGAAAAUCGAGGACAAGAUCGGCUUCGACUUCGGACCGAAGGAAAGUAUUGCCGAAGAUCUUAGAUUUGCACUGGCUGCUUGGGACAGUGGUUAUAGAUUUGACUUUGUCGAAGGUGUCAUGAAAGAAAAAAGUACAUUUUCGUUGGCUGAUUAUGUUAAACAAAGAAAACGAUGGUUUAUAGGUCAUUUUCAUAUAGUCUGGGGAAAUUCAAUACCCCUAUAUUGCAAGUGUUUUGUACUUUUAAUGCAUAUAAGCAGCACACUAUUAUGGACAAAUGUUACAAAUUAAUACAGUUGUUUCAAUUUGGUUUCCUAUCCCACUGCAAAGGUGGCAGGUAUUCCUCUUUGCUCUUUUAACAUUUAACGUGUUUGUAUUACUUGCUUUCGGUAAUUUCAUGUCGCUUUGCGCUAGGAAAUAUUCGGUUUUGAAUAGAGUCAUUUUAGGUUUUCUAUCACAAGGUCUAUUGCCUGUUCUUGCUGUAGCGGAGGCCUACGCCACUGUGAAAGGAUUCAUCCAAAGAAACAAGGUGACAUUUGAUAUUGUUCAAAAGGAAACGAAACAACAACAAUUAAAUAAUCAUUCUGUGAUGUAAAAAAGACAUAUAGCACUAACAAACAUUUAUUCAAUUGCACUUAUUUCAUUUACUUUUGUCGGAUUCAAAAUGAACAUUGAUUGUUUACAAAGAAAAAAAUAUUUUAGAUAAAACAACUUCACGAAGUCCUUAACAAGGAAUUAUACAAAAUUUACAAUGCUAUUUUUUUUUACAAAAUACGUAUUAUUUCGCCUGAUUGCCAUUGUAAAGGUCAUUCCGAAUAUACAUAUAUAAUAUAUAAGGUAAUAUAAAAAAAAUCACAAUUCUAUCACCAUCAUGUAAGAUUAUAAAACUUUUUGUUUUUAAUAUAAAUGUUAAAUUUAUAUGUUUCUUCAUUUUGUUUUCAAUGUUUUUUUUAUAUUUUUUAUUUCUUUUAUAUUUUUUUAUUUAUUUGAUUUUUUUUAAUUAUACGAGUGUACAGAGUAUUGAGAAGAGACCCCUACCACCACGGUUGAAUAUUGCAAAAAUCGGGGUACUACUUGGUGAAUCUAUCUAUAAAGAUAAUUUAAAGUAAAAGGUAUUUUUAAUCGUUAUUCAAACAACACAUUAAAGAAAUUUUCCUUAUUUAUUUUAGGUUAUAUAAAGGUUAUCAUAAGUAUCAUUCUCUUAAAACAAAAAAAAUUCUCUUUGCGUCAAAUUUAUCGAACAAUAUCAGGUCAAUAAAAUGAAAUAAUUUCAUGUCCUGUUUUGUAUUACUUUCCUUGUAUAAGAUGUAUAAAUUCUGUUAUCAAUAGUUUAAAGGGUAUAAAACGACGAACGAAUAUCUGUCAAUUACAAAACAAGCUUGGUUAUUUCCAAUAAAAGCGAAAGGCGCCAUAUUAGCGUUAACCCAACAAAUAUAUUUUGUAAAUCGAAAAUAAUAAAAAUAAAAAAUCAUGUUUGUUUGUUGGUUGGUUGGUUUUUGUCUGUUUUUAACGCCGUAUUUAACUUAUUUUUAUUUAUAUAAUUGUUUAAUUUAUAUGAAUGUAAUCAUAUCAUCUUUAGAAAUUUUACAAUUAUUUAUAUAUCUGUAUUAAUAUUGUUUGUGUGUAUUUAUCCAAACAUGCAUUGCGUCCAAAUAAAAUUGCAAUUUGC